CCAAACUUUACCAAAUUUAGAAUGAGACAAUUUUUGUGGAACAAAUUGAAAAGAAAAAAUGAGACAAUCUUAAACAUUGAGGGAGUAAUAAUCUUGUGGAAGCCUUGUUCGUCCUUAGGAUAACCUAGUAUGAUAUGAGCCUAGUUGAAACACCCUAUUGGUCUAAGAAAAAGGCCGCUUGAAUCGUCUUCACCUUCAGGUAUUUUCUCUCUUCAAUUCAUGAAACUAGGGGAUUCUGACAAGGGAGGCUGGGGGGUACUCAUAGCAGCUCAUGUGAGACCCUGCACCAAUUACACCGCAGCUAUUGCAACCUGAAGAUUAUUGUAGCUGUCUAAUUGUUCAAUGUGUCACAUUGGAACAUACCAAGCCAUACAGAGCUAUGUUUUUUCAUCUAAGUGAGGUCAACUUAAUUAGUUGUAAAUACCCCAUUUUAAUGUGUGAGCAUGAUACUACAACACACCAAUGUAUUUAUGCGCGGCCCAUGAAAGCAAGACUAUGGUCUUAAAAGCAAAUGAAGUACCUGAUUACACACAAAAUCAAGGAGAAUCCAAAUUUCAUCAUCAAUCAAAGGAAUAUUGUCACAAAUAAAACCACAAGAUUAUCAUAUUGAAAAAGGUAUGACAAAGCACUCAAUACAAUAAAACAGGGAAUAAAAUCUGCACUCAAGACAUUGGGAUUCAAUUCAUGUUAUACCCAUCGCUAAUUAAGUCUGGCGUUGAGUGGAUUAGCUAUGACAAAAGGAAGAAAGAGCAAACACUGCAACACAAAAACAAAUGUUGACAAGAUUAAAGUCGACAUAACAAAGUGACACAGAAAUUCCAGUGAGGGAAUUCAAUUUUUUUUAUUCAAUCAUCAACACAAGAAGAGGAAAUAAUCUUGGUGAAGCAGAAGGACAGUGAGAGUGAGUCCGAUUCAAUCUCAACAUCAGAAUAACCCAAUUCAAGCAGUAAAUGUAUGGCAACAAAGAUGUCAGCCCAUUCAGCUUCAAGAACUGAUUGAGCAAUCGGGUGGGGAGAGGCCGCCGAAGAUUAAAUUUCCAUGAGCAUCUCUUAGGAUAGCCCCAUCAGCAGAGGAAUUCCUAGUAAAAGCUGCAUCCACAUUCAUUUUUAAGAUUUAGUACAAGAGGAACCUAUGCACUGGCUACCAAAAAUCUCGUCAAUAACAGAGGAGCCAACAUCAAUAUCUAAGCUUAUUUUUGACAAUCAAAUUCGGGAAACAUACUCAGACAAACAAUGGUCUCCAAUUCCAUUGGAACAACACAAGCUUGUUCAGGCAUACUUUGACGCUUCAGACAACUUUUACGAAUCAGAUGACUCUUUUUACAUGGACGACUUCAUGGGGCAUGCAACUGAAAGCGAUCGUCGUCCCCCUAUCUCAACUCCGGCAGAAAUUGCGAAAUCAAAAUUCAACAGAGCGAUUUACAAAAAUAUCCAUGUAUGUAACAUCAGAAAACUGUCUGCCAACGGAUAAUUUGAACACGCAAAUCAAAAUCUACAGGAAAUCUCAAAUGAAUAAACGGUGCCACAACAUGAUGACUAGGUCCCAAUCUAGAGAAUUUCCUUGGGCGUAAUCUUAGGCUUUACUUUCUUUGUAAUUAUUUUUUGUUUUUUCGUUUUAUUUCCUUUUCAG